UUUACAUAAACGACUUGAAUUGUCUAUUACUCUUCAGUAUCAUUCAAAAUGGGGCCUAAUAACAAAGUCAUAUUGUUAAGACUAAUUUCGCUAAUUAGUUUGAUUACAUAUACAGAAUGUGCUUCAAAUUACACUUUUUCUUCUGAUUUUCUGCUUGGCACUGCAACAUCCUCCUAUCAAAUUGAAGGAGCUUGGAAUGAAUCAGGAAAAGGUGGAAACAUUUGGGAUUUCAUAACUCACAACACUCCCGAGUACGUUUAUGACGAAAGUAAUGGGGAUAUUGCUUGUGACUCCUAUCACAAAUAUGAAGAGGACGUUGCUCUCCUUAAAGAAUUAGGAGUUGACUUUUAUAGAUUUUCUGUCUCAUGGAGUAGGAUAUAUCCGAAUGGUUAUCCGUACAAUCCUAAUGCAGAAGGAAUCGCAUACUACAACAAUCUUAUUGAUGCUCUUCUCGCCCAAAAUAUAACACCCAUGUUAACCAUGUACCACUGGGAUCUCCCCCAACGUCUUCAAGAAUUGGGUGGAUGGACAAAUUCAUACAUGGUACAAUUAUUUACGGAAUAUGCGAGAACCCUUUUAGAGAAUUAUUCUGAUCGUAUUAAAUACUGGAUCACAAUCAAUGAACCGUACCAAAUAUGUAAUCAAGGUUAUGGAGAAAUUGCAUACGCCCCAGCUCUAGGCAUGUCAGGCAGGGCUGAUUAUCUAUGCGCUCACAACUUACUUAAAUCUCAUGCUGAAGUUUAUCAUCUUUUUAAUGAUACCUACAGGUCCAAAAAUAAUGCUACAAUGGGUAUUACCUUGAGUGCUUCAUGGUAUGAACCCGGCAGCUCUGAAGAAGAAGAAGCUGCUGAAAGAGCCAGACAAUUCAGGAUAGGCUUGUAUGCGAAUCCCAUUUUCUCUACAAACGGCGACUAUCCGCAAGUAAUGAAGGAUUACAUUGGUAAUCAAAGUAGUGCCCAAGGUCUCUCAAAAUCCAGACUUCCCCAGUUCACUUCGGAUGAAAUUGAAUAUAUUAAGGGAACAUCCGAUUUUUUCGGAUUGAAUCAUUACACCAGUAGAUUGACGAGAAAUUCACCAGCAAGUAACAAUUCAGUUUCAUUUGACAAUGAUCUGCAAACGGAACAAUGGUUUGAUUCUAGUUGGCCAAUGGAUGCAGCUGGAAGAAACGCGAUUGUUCCAUGGGGCUUCCGAAAGCUUUUGGCGUGGAUUAAAAACACAUAUAAUAGCCCCGUUAUCCAUGUUACAGAAAAUGGUUGUCCAGAUUUUGGAGAAUUAGAAGAUAAUGUUAGAGUCUCUUAUUAUGGGUCAUAUCUUGAAGCACUUCUGGAAGCUAUCAACGAGGACUACGUAGAUGUUCAAAGUUAUGCUGCUUGGAGUCUAAUGGACAAUUUUGAAUGGCGGUAUGGAUACGUAUACCGAUACGGACUUUAUUACGUCAAUAUGACCGAUCCAAAUCGUCCCAGAAUAGCAAAGUCAUCAGCUGCCUUUUACCAGGACGUUAUCGCCAACAGGGUAGUUGGAAGCUACCCUUCGCUUUCCUGAAAUGAUUUAUUGUGAGGAAAUAUGUUUGUAGCUUUCUUAAAUAAAAUUUAAACUUCAGACAA